AUGUGUUCCUGCCAGCCAUCCAUCGUUCCUGACAGCCAGCCCGCCGGAAAUCCAGUGUUCCUGCCAGCCAGCCUGCGUACCUGCCAGCCAGCGUGCGUUCCUGCCAGCCAGCCUGUGUUCCUCCCAGCCAGCCUGCGUUCCUGCCAACCAGCCGGUGUUCCAGCUAGCCAGCCAGCAUUCCUGCCAGCAGGCGUCCCUGCCAGUCAGCCAGCCAGUGUUCCUGCAAGCCAGCCCUCGUUCCUGCUAGCCAGUCUGCAUUACUCCCCAUCAGCCUGUGUUCCUGCCAGCCAGCCUGCGUUUCAGCCAGCCAGCCUGCAUUCCUGCCAGCCAGCCUGUGUUCCUGCGAGCCAGCCAGCGCUCCUGCCAGCCAGCCAGUGUACUUGCCAGCCAGCGUUCCCGCCCGCAAACCAGCCAGCCAGCCAGUGUUUCUGGAAGCCAGCCUGUGUUCCUACCAGCCAGGCUGCGUUCCCGACAGCCAGCCUGGGUUCCUGCCAGCCACUCCGCGUUCCUGCCAGCCAGUCUGCGUUACUCCCAGCCAGCCUGUGUUCCUGCCAGCAAGCCAGCGUUCCUGCCAGCCAGCUUUCCGGCCAGCCAGCCAGCCAGUGCGCCUGA